AUGAAACCGCCGCCUCGCUCGUGUAAAAAUGCGCCUCGGAAUCCUAGCCCGACCCCUAAGCCUCGCAAUACUAAGCGAGCUUGUACGUGGUCCAAAAAGGAGCAGAAGCUGCUGCUGAAAGCCCUGAAGGAGCAGCGCUCAGGACCGCUGGCAGACGUCGACUAUAAUUUACUCCAGAAAGCUGUUCCUUCUCGCUCCGUUUCUGAGAUCCAGUCUGUGUUUAAACGUCUCCGGGAUAAGGUGAUCUCCAGCGCCCUCUCACAGAUAAGGCUCUUUAUAACAGCAGAGAAAGUAGGGGUGCCCAUUGAGAAGUGGAGCGGUUUGGCCCGGGCUGUGUCCGGGAGCCAUGAAAGUCCACUGUCAAAGGCUUUCUCUCAGAUGUGGGUGGUAGCGUCCACAGAGCCUCUCACCAUCCAAAACCGUCCCCAGUCAAGGCUUGAUGCUACCAGUACCACGCCAGACCAAGGUACAGACUGCGACAGUAACCGAGACCAGGUGACUCCAAGCACUUCAGUAGCCAAUGAGGCGGCCACGUCGUCUCAGGUGGUCCCUGCUGAGAAGUCUGAUCUGAUUGCCUCAACUUCCUGCACCGCGGAGGACUUGGUGGUGAACUUUGAGAGGAUCUACAACUACCUGAGUGCUGUCCACAAUCCAGAGAGCAAGUUUGAGCUCACGGCCAUGGAGAGUGCAGUGGUCUUGGACCUUGUGAUGUCUCUCCCAGAGGAGCUGGACCUCCUCCAAUGUCAGAGCCUACACAGACAUCUCAUCCAGACGUACCAGAACCUAUCCAAACGGGAGGACUCUGAUGAAGCCCAAGAAGCAAUGAUGCAACUCAAGAAGCAGCGACGAGAACACAAUCAAGCGCCUCCCGUUGAACCCACCUGGACAGGACUGUGUCCCCCCCUCAACCCUUUCAUGAUGCCGCUGGAGCUGCUGAAGCGUAGCUAG